AUGGUGCGCUUUUUCUCUCGUUCAUGCUUUACGCCUGCCGUUAUCGACCGUAUUUCUGCGGCGUUCAUCUGUAUUACAUUACUGGGUGUGGCUUUACGCUACUGCUGGUUCGAUGCCAGAGACCCAUUCAAAUGCGGCGCAAUACUCAACGAAGGCGAAUGGCUCGAUUAUCCCCCAGAAAACUCAACUAUAGUUCCCGAAAAUUGGCAGCCUCCAGGCUGUAUGAUGCACAAAUACGUCUCCGACGACGUUUCAACUUGCCUAGCAAACCGUCGGGUUUUAUUUAUUGGGGAUGCAUCUAUUCGACAGGUUUUCUGGUCUGUGGCGAAGGCGUUGGAUCCUAAAGCAAACCCUGCAACGGCCGAAAAGCAUGUUGAUAUAACGGUAGAAAAAAGCGAUGUCAAGUUGGAAUUUGUCUGGGAUCCCUGGCUCAAUUCGAGCAGGUUGCACACUGAACUUUCUUCAUAUAGCGAUGGAAAAGUGCAGGAUGUAUCUGGAAAUCCCCCCGCUUUGUUCUUGAUGGGAUCCGGACUGUGGUAUGCAAGGCACGAAAAUAUGAAUGGUUUAAAGAUGUGGAAAGAUAGCAUCGACGAUGUCGUUCAGCACAUGAGAAAGGGUCGCAGGACGACAGACAUGACUGAAUCGGAUCUCUUACUGAUUGCUCCAGUCAUUGUACCAGCAUGGAACAAACUUAACGACGACCGCAAGGCGACUAUAACUCCACAAGAAAUCAGAGCUAUGAACCAGUACCUUCAACAGCUGUCGGAUUUUCAGGGCGUAGAUGUUAUCUGGUCAUGGCACGAAAUGAUUAACGAUCUACCACAGGUGUACGAAAGCUCGGGCAUUCAUUUGGUAGAUAGCAUUGCAGAAAAGCAGGCGGAAGCGCUGUUGAAUUUAAGGUGUAAUGCAGUAACAGCAACCAAAUACCCUUAUGAUCAGACGUGCUGCAAUAGGUACCGUGCACCGAACCACGUUCAGUGGAUUGGCCUUUUGUUCAUUUUGGGGCUUCUUCCCGCAAUUCUUUACAUGAGAAGUAAAGGUAAGAAUUUGACAUCCAGCUGCUAUUCAUGGACAAAAUGCUUAGAGGAUCUCUCAGAUGAGAAGACAGGAAUAAAGUCGAUUGCCCAAGCUGCAUGGCUUCCGUCAGAUGAGGUGGCAUGGGCUCUUCUGGUUUUUGGCCUGGCUGUCGUUUACUGCUUUUAUGCGGAUCGUACACAAGUUUUCAACAAAGCUCACAAGCAAUACUUCACUUCGGACUUUUUAUGGGGAAUCGUACUAUCGCUUGCGGUAGGACUUUUUACUCUUCGUAAAAGCUCCGAAACCAACCCGGAUCAACCUUUUCUGAACCGUUUACAGACAGAUGAGUGGAAAGGGUGGAUGCAGUUUGCCAUUCUCAUUUAUCAUUAUACAGGGGCAUCAAAGAUUACUGUUAUUUAUGGAUUCAUUCGUGUAAUCAUCGCUGCGUAUCUAUUCAUGACUGGAUACGAACAUACUCUCUACUUCCUUAACCAAAAGGAUUACUCAUUGAAAAGAGCUGCAUCAGUACUGGUUAGGCUGAACCUUCUGAGUUGCGUGCUCCCGUUUAUGAUGGGCACAAACUACCUUUUCUACUACUUCGCUCCGCUGUGCUCGUACUGGUUCUUGGUUGUGUUUACAACUAUGAGGGUUGGAGAGCAGCACAACUCGAAUACUAAAUUCCUCGCCGCCAAAAUCGUGCUCGCGGCCAUCCUUUCGGCCACAUUGACCCACUUCCCGGGGGUAUUGGAAGCUAUAUUUAGACUGGUCGGUUUCCUCGCGAGGACAGAAUGGGAUGUCAAUGAAUGGAGGUUCAGGGUCUCAUUGGAUAUGUGGAUCGUCUUUGUCGGCAUGGCUGUAGCGAUUGCGGUCAAUAGAAACAAGGAAAAUUCAUACACAUCAAUGCUAGGUCACCGUGUUGCAGGUGCAACUGUUACACUAUCUAGGUGGGUUUUGGGGACACCUCCAAGAUCCAACAUGUCGCAGCAGCAGCCAGGGCUUCCGACGUCGAGAGGAGGCUUGGAUGAUGAUGACGACGAGCCAGAAGAAAUGAAUGACGAAGCGGCCGGUUCAUCUCGUAGAAGAAGUGGAGAGGAGUUGAAGUCAAGGUCGAGAGCAAAGACUUUGAGCGAAGAGGCACCAUCAGGGUACUGGGGAAACCUGAAGUAUCGGAUGACGGCAAUAUUGGUUAUUAUAUGGUUUUUGAGCUUGACCUAUUGA